AUGGAACGACGUAAUAUCGAGCACCGGUAUGCGAUAAAAUUUUGUGUUAAACUCGGCAAAUCUGCAAAGGAAACAUUUGAUAAAAUAGUUAAAGUUUUCGGUGAUGAAGCCAUGAGUCGUGUACAGGUAUUUCGGUGGCACAAAGAAUUUAAAAAUGGUCGUGAAAGCGUCGGAGAUGAGCCGCGAAGUGGAAGGGCAGUUGAAGUUCGAACUGACAACAACGUUCAACGGGUGCGGGCACUUGUGAGUCAAGUUGGGUGGUUGACUAUUCGAAUGUUGUCUAAUGAGUUAAACAUUAACCGUGAAACAGUUAGAAAGAUUUUGAUUGAAGAUUUGAGCAUGAAAAAGCUUUGUGCAAAAAUGGUCUGUCUUGAACAGCUAGAAAAUGAUUCAAAACUUUUGGAACGUGUAGUUACUGGAAACAAGAGUUGGUUCUUUCAGUAUGAUCCAGAAACAAAGCGACAGAGCCAACAAUGGCUGUCUCCUGGCUCAGCAAGACCAAAAAAAGCAAGAAUGAGCAAAUCAAAAGUCAAAAUAAUGAUGAUUUCCUUUUGGCAGCAAUGGGUUGGUGCAUAA